AUGGACUCAACACGAACAAUCACUGAGUUGAAGUCGGCAUUUAUCCGCAGCCAGGUGCGCAUCAUCUCCGAGAGCCUUGAGCUGCCAGAAGAUUGGCAAAACUAUGCAGUGGAGACGGACGAGGGGGAGCUGAGUGGAAAGGUGAUUGAAGAUGUGCUAUACAAAGUAAAUGCGGCCGCGAAACAACACAACCGCGUUGUCUAUUCAUCACAAGCGAUCCACCAUGUGGCUAGUCAAAUUGCCAGCCUGUACUGGUCUACAGUCAGCCAAGAGACUCAAAAUACGGCGACCUUUUCAAAAGGCAUAUGUCAAUCGACGGAUCUGUCGAAGCAUGGGAACAUCGUCAAAUUACCCUUGGAACUGGAGGCUCAAGACGUAACUGAGGAGCAGAAUGAAAGUUCCAUCCGCCUGACACUGCUGUUGUACAGAUACCAGGAGCUUCGGAAGCGACUUGCCAGCCUCGACGAGCAGCGCCAGCAGCGAAAACGGCGCCUUGAUCAACUUAACCAUCUGCGGCGCCUCCUCGAGCCGUUCCAAGAGCCAAGGAGUGAUAUCCAACCAAACCUGGUUACAAGCGAUGGGGAGCUCGUGCAGGAAUUGGAGAAAAUGAGAAUGCUCGUAGCGCGGGUCGGCGGACGGAUAGCACAACAGAAGAAACGCAAGAGUCCGCCAGAGAACGGGGAAUACCUGCUUCCUGGGUCGGAGCGGAGACUGGAGGCCCUGUUGCACACGGGG